GGUGAUCCCCAAGUCUGGGGACUCCAGUCUUCCUCCUUUGUCUUUUCUGUUUUUGACUCCUUCGUGGGAGUCAGCCAGGCAUUACGUUUCUCACUUGCAAGCCUCACUAGGUCUAUCUCGAGAGAUUCAGCCAUGCGUUUCCGUCCCUACGUCCUGGCCGCCCUGUCGGCGGCGGCGGCGGGCGUACAAGCUGUCGGCGAUCCUCCGGACUACGGCAAGAAGCCUGACUAUCCGGACUAUGGCAAGAAGCCUGACUAUCCGGACUAUGGCAAGAAGCCUGACUAUCCGGACUAUGGCAAGAAGCCUGACUACCCCGACUACGGCAAGAAGCCUGAUUACCCUGACUACGGCAAGAAGCCUGACUAUCCGGACUAUGGCAAGAAGCCUGACUACCCGGACUAUGGCAAGAAGCCUGACUACCCUGACUACGGAAAAAAACCAUACUAUCCCAAGAAGCCUGACUGCCAUGAUCACGAUGAUUGUCACAAGGACUACCCUGACCACAACAAACCCGAACAUGACAAGCAUCCCCACCAUCACCACAAGGGCUACGGCCAUGCGAAGGUCGUCAACUUCUGCCCGUACGACGUCUACUUGUGGUCUGUUGCCUGGGACACCGACGGACCUUACAAGAUUGGCUGCCGCCAAGAGUACGUCGAGAAGUACUUGGAAGGUGGUGUCGCACUGGAGAUUGUGAAGGACAAGCACCACUGGUACCAUGAUGACAACAAGCUCAUCCUCUACUACAAAAAGCAUCAUGGCAAGGUUGACUACGACCUGUACGACAAGUACGGACACCCCUUCGAAGGCCACAAGGUGGAGCUCAAGCCUGAAGAGGACUAUUGCCCUUCCGAGUACUGGGAUGAUGGCUGCGAUAUUGGGGACGGCGGCAAGAAGACAUGUGACGACUUCGCCGACUUGGUCCUGUACCUCUGCAAGGAACACGAACACGACUACCACAAGCCCAAAUACCCCAAAUAUCCACCGUACCCUCCCAAGUAUCCCGACCGGCCCAAGUAUCCCGACCGGCCCAAGUAUCCCGACCCGCCAAAGCGCAGGCACGUCAAGGCGCGCUCGGCCGAGGGUGACAAAGACGAGGGCUGGCACACGAGGCUGUGGGAAAACGAUAAGCCCGCGUGGGAGACGGACCCCAAGUGCACGGCCUGUGGUGAGAGGGAGCCAGGAGUUGUGGUUGACGUCCCUGCCGACUCUUUCAAAGCUUGA